AUGAAGUUGUACAAGCUCCUUGUCCCUCUUCUUCUAAAUAUUCUCUUAACCAUAGUUACAUCAAUCCAAGCAGCCCCGGGAAACUCAAAACUGUUUAGAGAAUACAUAGGAGCUGAGGGCAAGGACAUUACAUUUUCAGAUGUACCAGUUAGUUCUAAAGUUGAAUUUCACUUUAUUCUCUCCUUUGCUAUAGACUACACCUCAUCUUCUCAUCCAUCCCCUACCAAUGGUAACUUCAGAGUAUACUGGGACACAGAGAACCUUACCCCUUCUCGUGUUUCCUCCCUCAAAGCUCAGCGUCCAAAUAUCAAGGUGGCUAUGAGUCUUGGUGGUGAUACCAUUAACGGCAAAUAUGUAUUCUUCCACCCUGCAUCAAUCAACUCUUGGGUCAGAAAUGCUAUUCAUUCAAUAACAGAGAUAGUAAAAAGUUACAAUUUGGAUGGAAUAGAUAUUGACUACGAGCACUUUAACACAGAUCCUGAUACAUUUGCUGAGUGCAUUGGGAAGCUUCUGUUCUACCUUAAACAACAGAAAGUUGUGUCUUUCACAUCAAUAGCACCAUACGAUGACAAUUCUGUGCAACCACAUUACAUGGCUCUGUGGAGGAAAUAUGGGCAUCUCAUAGACUAUGUUAACUUUCAGUUUUACGCCUAUGAUAAGGGGACAACUAUUUCUGAGUUUCUGAAAUAUUUUGAAGCCCAGAGCUCUAAUUACUAUGGAGGUAAGGUCUUAGUGAGCUUUGGUACUGACGGAAGCGGGGGUUUGUCUCCUCAAAAUGGCUUCUUUCAGGCUUGUAGUAAGCUGAAAAGUCAGGGGAAUCUUCAUGGUAUAUUUAUUUGGUCAGCAGAUGACUCCAAGAAGGAUGGUUUCCGCUAUGAGAAACAGUCACAGAAUUUUUUGGCCUCCUCCAAAUGA